AUGGAAGGCUGGAGUUUUCGUCUUCACAUGGACUUGAGUGCAGACCAGUAUGCAUCUUCCUUUUGCAUCUCUUCUCCAUCCAUAGAUGAAGCAUACUUGAAUGAAUAUUCACCACUGUUUGGUUCAAUCUUGAGCAAGGAAGUGGGAAUUCCAAGGUCACUGGAGAGCAUCAAGGUGAAGGAUUUCUCAAUCCCCUACAUAUCAUGGAGCAAAAUGGAUAAACAGAAGCUCUUAAGAAGUUUACAGAGAGAUUUUGAGCUUGUUUAUGUGGCUCAAUCAUGCUUGACCUGGGAGGCCCUGCAUCAUCAAUACAGAAAGGUCAAGUUUCUGAUCUUCUCCAACUCCUUGUUUUCUGAUAAUGUGGCAGGGGAUUUCCAAAACUUCCAAGCAUUGCUUGAAAGAUUUUUGGAAGAAGAAGGGUUUUUUGAGGAAGAAAAGGAAGGGAUUAAAGGAGAAACUGUGUUUGCAAAAGUUGUGUUGAAGGCCAUAGAGAAAUGCAUACAGAUUUUUGGGAAAUUUAAGGAACUAUGGUUGAAAGAGUUACAAGGGAAACAAAGAUGCUGGUUUAACAAAGCUGUGAACCCAGUAGAAGAAUCCCAGAAAGUGGCAAUAUUGUUCACAAUGAUAGAAAUGAAGCUGGUAUCAAGGGUACUCCAAAUGUCAUUUCUAUCCUCUUCUCAGCUCAAAUGGUGCCAGGAAAAGCUAAACAACAUUGAAUUCAAAAGAGGGAGGCUUUUCGGGAAUGCUAAUGGUCCCCUAUUCCCAUCUUCUUGA